AUGGAGGGAGAGUCGUGGUACAGUUCCUUCGUGCCUCGCGUGGCCAAGAAGGAGGAGCCACCGCAGCAGCACCGCCGCCGCGAGAGUCUGCUGCGCCAGCCCAACGAGAACCACGCUGACGUCGAGCGCGCAGAAGGAAUCCCUGAGACCGUAGAGGAAGGCCCGGCGAAGUUCAAUGGACCCCCACCGGCCACCGUGGCCAGACGCGCCAAGUCCUACAGCGACUUCUACUCGGUAGUGCGGGCACACAUCAAGAAAGAGAAGGCGCUGGUGAAGAAGAAGUCGCAGGAAAACAUCGCCAACGAGCUCGACUUUGCUGCCUGGUAUGGAGGCGUCCACGAGGACCUGCUCGAGGCCAGCCACGACGAGUACAAGGCCUACCAUGUCCAGCUACAUCUGACGAGCAACCACCUGGGCAACGUGAUCGCCGACACCAACUCGACCCUCGACACCCUCUCUUCCCUCUCUGACUCGUUCAAAACCGUCGAGGCACAGACAACUGCCUUCCGCGAACAGUGCGAGGGCCUGAUCAGCGACCAGAAGCGCAUCACGAAGCUUGCCGAAGACAUGGAACAAAACUUGCGCUACUACGUCUACCUGGAGCCUACCACAAAGCGUCUCAACGCACCAGGCGCAUCGAAGAUUGUGCGAGGCAAAGAGUUUACAGACAUGCUGGCGAACCUCGACAGCUGUCUCGAGUACAUGCAGGCCCACACGAAGCACCGCGAGGCCGAGACCUACCGUUCAAGAUAUCGCUUGCUUCUCACACGAGCCCUCACGCUGAUCCGAGUCCACUUCACCGAAGCCUUGCGCGAGAUCGCCGCCGAUGUUGCGAAGAGGAUCGCCGACCGUCAACUGAACGACACUACCAUGUCUGCACUGCUGUACGCCAAGUUUCGUAUUGGUGCGCCAGAGCUGAAGAAGCUGGGGCUGGAGAUACAGAAGCGAGCGGUUCUGCCAGCAGGUGCAGCGCCAGGCGCCGAGGCAGAAUAUCAAAGCUUGAUGAACGAGCUAUAUCAGAGCUACUCCACCACCCGUGGACGUCUGAUUUUACCAAUCGUUGCAAAGAAGACCAACGAGAUUGCGCAAGCACCGAGCACGUCGAAAGACCUGGUGGCGUUCGCGCGCAGCAGUAUCAGCUACAUCCGUGGCAUCUGCAUCGACGAGCACGACCUAUGGCGUGAGUGGUUUGACGGCGAUGGCGGAAUGUACGACUUCCUCGAAGCAAUGUGUGAGCCGCUCUAUGAUCAUCUGCGACCUCGGACUAUCCAUGAAACGCAAAUCCUCAAGCUUUGCGAGCUUUGCACACUUCUGCAGACCCGUUACAUGGAGGAUGACGAAGACGAGCAGUCUCCUGUCGAAGCAGACAAGCUCGACUUUUCUGUCUUGGUACACCCUGCUCUGCAAGACGCGCAGAACCGACUUGUGUUCUUGUCGUUAGCCAUCUUGCGGGACGACAUCGAGCGCUACAAGCCGAAGCCCGAAGACUUGAACUACCCAGCCAAGAACGUGAAACUGGCAGGGCAGGGCGCGAAGUCAAAUCAGCCUGUACUUUCAGGGAAGAAGCAAAAGAAGUCAGAGAUUCCACCAACCCCAACAAUGCCAAAGACGCCUAUGGUGGUCGAAGAGGACGAUCCCGACUCGCGUUGGAACUUCAACACAGAAGCCGCGUUCAAAGACUGGUACCCGACGCUGAGGAAAGCCAUAUGGCUGCUCAGUAAGAUUUAUCGGCUGGUGCAUUCUUCCGUUUUUGACGACCUGGCGCAUCACAUCGUUCACAGCACUACGAUGUCGCUCACACAAGCCAGCGCGUUGAUCACCAAGUCCGCGUCUCCAACCGAUGCGGCACUCUUUCUUGUCUCACAUCUCCUUCUGCUCAAGCAACAGAUUGUAGCUUUCGACAUCGAGUUUGUGACGCCAGAAACGGAUAUCAAGUACGACAUAUGGAGCGUCACCAACACCUUCUGGGAGUUGCGCGAACGAGGAGGGCUUUUCAACCCACGCAACCUUGUUGGCCUGCUCAUUCCCAAGGUCGUCGACAACAUGCUUGACGCAAAAGCAGAAGUAGACGCGCGACUGCGACAGGCAAUCAACGACUUCACUGGCCAGUUCGUUGCCCGGAUGGUAGCACCUAUCGACACGAAAAACAACAAGAAGGUGCCAGUUGCUGAGGCGCCAGCGCGCACGGCCAAGAUACGGCAGAAUGUCGAGCAGGAAACCCCGUUCCUGCGCGGUAAGCUCGAAGAGUACAUCAGUGAUGCCCGGACCCGCGAGAUGCUUGUAGCAGCUGUCAUGGAGUCUGUAACACAGACCUACGAAGACUGGUUCGAUACUUCCUACACGCCUUCACUAAACGGGACAAAUGGAACGGGAAGAAGCGGGAAGGGCAAGGGUAGGGAAGACGGUGUUUGGGAUCCCGACGUGUUCCAUGAGUGGUGCACCAAUACGUUCAGAGUUGGCAACCUUGGGCUAGGCAUCGUCGACGACGACGACGAACACUCCGACUUGAAUGGCGACGACAGUGACACGGAUAGCAUGGGCGCCGUCAGCGGGAGGACGGGCACAAUGAGAACUGGGGCCACAGGGAGAGGGCUGAGUAUUAGAUAG